AUGGCGUACGUAUUCAAGGCGGAGGCGGAAGAGAUUGUGAAGACCAAAUGUCGACUGUUGGGCGAGAUUGAAAAGGAGUUUAAAGCUGAUAUACAGGCCGAGACUUUGAGAAUGAUGCAGAACUUCUUUGUUGACGAGUAG